AUGUACCUACCUGCUGGUACUUUUUUAUUUGCGCACACUCCAAGCCCCGGCCCUUCGCCCUUGCAACAUCCGACCGGUCGCACUGCCGCCAUCACCUCUUACAGCUCCGCGACGAUGCCCCUGACCAUGGCUCCCGGAAUGACGGCUAGUGCGACCGUCACGACGAGUGCACGCAGCUCUGUCGGCCCAACCAAACCCAAGUCCAAGGUCAACUCCAAUGGCUACCAUCCGACUGCCACCAUCCCGCUCAGCGCCAUGUCUAGCACAGCCCUCGAUCUCACCUCGGUCGAGCGUCGUGGCCAGCCCACUGCCUCCCGCGAGCCCAUCAAGAAGGCCACCAGACCGCACGGUAUCUCCGAUGCACCGACCUACUGUCCGACCGCAGAGGAAUGGCGCGAACCUCUGGAAUACAUCAAGAAAAUAGGCCCCGAGGCUUCGCAGUACGGCAUCUGCAAGAUUAUCCCCCCCGACUCUUGGAACCCAGAGUUUGCCAUCGACACCGAGAAAUUCCAUUUUCGAACCAGGAAACAAGAACUCAACUCUGUCGAGGGCAGCACACGCGCAAACCUGACCUACCUAGACGGUCUCUCCAAAUUUCACAAGCAGCAGGGCAACAAUCUGCAUCGUCUACCAUAUGUCGAUAAGAAACCUUUGGAUCUCUAUCGCUUGAAAAAGGCCGUCGAGUCUAGAGGAGGCUUCGACAAGGUCUGCAAGCUGAAAAAGUGGGCAGAGAUUGGCCGUGACUUGGGCUACAGUGGCAAGAUCAUGUCUUCACUUUCUACAUCCCUUAAAAACUCGUACCAGCGAUGGCUCUGCCCCUAUGAGGAAUACCUCCGCAUCGCCAAACCUGGUGUCCACCAGCAGCUCGAGCAGGAAUACGGCGGACCCUUGACGCCCAGCCCCGCACAAACACCCGUCAAGCGUUCUCAGGUCAACACGCCCUCAGGUGCAAACGCCGAAUCCCCCGCCCGACAAGCUUCGGAGGCGCUCCAAAAUGGCCUGAAGCGGGAAGCCGAUCGUGAUACCCCCAUGAUUGAUGCUCCCCCAGCGCCCACAUCUGGCGGCUCCGGUUUCACGGCCGUCAACUCGGGUUUCACCAGCAUCAACAGAGCCUCAAGCGACCGCAAAAGCUUCACACCAGAAGUUGGCAGCACCCGCAAUGCGACACCCGAUGAGCAUAAUGUGCUCGGAAGCGCCGCUCAGGUCAAGAGAGGUAUCAGCACGGAUGGUGUGUCUGAUGAUUCCAAAAAGGAAGCCGACAGUGAUAAUGACGAUGGCAAAAAUCGUCGCAGCAAGCGUCUUCGAAGGGACAAUGUUCCUACCGUCGCCGGCUCACAUAUGACGCCAUUCCGCCCAUCUCUUCCCCGCAUACCGCGCGAGGAAGACCUGCCCCUCGGCGAGGCCUGCGAAACCUGCGGCCGAGGCGAAGAUGCUGGACAGCUGCUUGUCUGCGAGUCUUGCGACAACUCAUACCAUGGUCUCUGCCUGGACCCCCCUCUAAAGCGCAAGCCCGACUCUGAGUGGAACUGCCCCCGCUGUCUUGUUGGCGAUGGCCAAUUUGGUUUUGAAGAGGGCGGCUUGUACUCGCUCAAACAAUUCCAGCAAAAGGCAAACGAUUUUAAGCAGGGCUACUUUGAGAAGAAGAUGCCAUUCGACAGUGCCCUGAAAUGCCACAGACCCGUCACCGAGGAAGACGUCGAAAAUGAAUUUUGGCGUCUAGUUGCUGAUUUGGAAGAAACCGUGGAAGUCGAAUAUGGCGCUGACAUUCACUGCACCACCCAUGGUUCUGGCUUUCCCACGCUUGAAAAGAACCCUAGUAAUCCUUAUGCUGCGGAUGGCUGGAAUCUCAAUGUUCUCCCAUUUGCCUCGGAGAGUCUAUUCCGACACAUCAAGUCAGACAUCUCUGGCAUGACCGUUCCCUGGGUGUAUGUUGGCAUGAUAUUUUCCACGUUCUGCUGGCACAAUGAGGAUCACUACGCCUAUUCUGCCAAUUAUCAGCAUUUCGGCGCAACCAAGACAUGGUACGGUAUUCCUGGCGAGGAUGCUGAAAAAUUCGAAGCCGCCAUGCGAGAGGCCGUGCCAGAGCUCUUUGAAACCCAGCCCGACCUUCUCUUCCAGCUUGUCACCCUGCUUACUCCCGAGCAACUCACCAAGGCUGGUGUUCGUGUUUACGCCAUCGAUCAGCGUGCCGGCCAGAUGGUCAUCACCUUUCCCCAGGCUUACCACGCUGGCUUUAACCACGGCUUCAACUUCAACGAGGCUGUCAACUUUGCCCCGCCAGACUGGGAAUCGUAUGGCAUGGCUGGCGUGGAAAGGCUGCAAGCGUUCCGACGACAGCCUUGCUUCUCUCAUGACGAGCUACUGUGGACUGCUGCCGAAGGAGCCUCGGCCGGACUCACAAUCUCUACGGCGAAAUGGCUUGGACCCGCGCUUGAGCGCAUCCAAAAAAGAGAAUUGGCUGAACGUGCGCAGUUUGUCAAGAACCAUCUCAACCCCUCACACGCAUGCCAACACUUCAAGGACGGUCAUGGGGAAUGCCCCCUUGCGUUCAAGAUUGAGGAUGAAGAUGUUUUAGACGAAGACGAACAAUGCUGCAGUUACUGCAAAGCCUUUGCUUACCUCUCCAGAUACAAAUGCCAUCAGUCCGGAAAAGUUUUGUGCAUCUCACACGCAGGCAACUACCCCUGCUGUGACGAAAGUGAACAGAACAGGUACCUCGGCGCUGGCCACACGCUCUACUUCCGCAAAUCCGACCAGAUGAUGAAGGAGGCACAUACAAAGGUCAUUGAGAAGGCUGACACCCCUGAACAAUGGGAAGAGAAGUCUCCUUCACGAAGGCGAACGCAUUCCCUUCGAUCUUCCGUCCCUGCCCAUUCUCAAAGAAUUCGUCGAUCGAUGCAACGAACUGGCACGCGCAGAUCAAUCGGCAGCUCGCAGCAGGAUCAAAAGGAGCGCGAAUCUCGUAGCGUGAGCAACAUUUCUCGACUGCUUCGCGAUGCCAAUCACAUCGGUUUCGACUGCCCAGAGAUUUCGCAGCUUCAAGAACGCGCGGCUUCUAUCAAGGAAUUUCAAGCCAAUGCCGCGCGAGCGUUGGAGAACGGUACCAGUCUCGGCGUGGACGCUAUCGAGGAACUGCUUGAGGAAGGACGCUCUUUCAAUGUAGAUACGCCCGAACUCGAGCAACUCUCCAAGGUGCUGGAUCAGAUGCGUUGGAACGAAAAGGCUCGCGCAAGCCGGGGCUUGUUCUUGGCUCUCUCUGAUGUGCAGAAUUUGAUCGAAGAAGGCAAGCGAUUGGAGAUUCCGACCUACAAUGAUCACUUCAAGUUUUACUGCGAUCAAAUGGCGGCUGGACAAUCUUGGGAGGCCAAGGCCAGAGAAUUAAUUCACGCCGAGCUUGUUCAUUAUCCACAGCUCGAGGCACUGUCCAAGCAGGUGCAGGCUGGCGCUCUUCCUGUCUCGAAAGACACGCUGGCUGCGGUUGAUCAAAUCCUGCACAAGCAACGAGAGGCACAUCGCCAAAUCAUCGACAUCACUGAGCGCUGCCGUGAGAAUGACUUCCGCAAGCGGCCAAAGUACCAGGAGGUCGUUGACGUGACCAAGAAGCUGGAUGAUCUCAAUUCGAAACCAAAUGGCACGCUAGAGCUCGAGAAUGAGCGGAAGCGCCAUGAGGAUUGGAUGCGCCGGGGCAAGCGACUCUUUGGAAAAUCCAACGCGCCCCUUCAUAUUCUCAAGAGCCAUCUCGAGCACGUACUGGAGCGUAACUUGGACUGCUUCGACACUGAGCACGAUACUCCUCGCCUUCCUGCGGAGCCUGUGUCACGAGAGCAAAGUCCGGAUCAGAACAAGAGCCUCGAGGAAACUCGUACUCGACAAGUGUUUUGCAUGUGCCGAAAGGUCGAGGCCGGCAUGAUGAUUGAAUGCGAGCUUUGUCACGAAUGGUAUCAUUACAAGUGUCUCAAGAUUGCGCGUGGCAAAGUCAAGGAGGAGGACAAGUACACCUGUCCCAUCUGCGACUAUAGAAUCAAGAUUCCGAGAGAUGCAGCCCGCCCAAAGCUUGAAGACCUGAUUGCGCUCAUCGAAGAAGUUCCUUUGCUGCCGUUUCAGCCAGAAGAGGAGGAUGUUUUGCAGCGCAUCAUCUCAAACGCCCAAAACUUCCGCGAUUAUAUCUCACGGUACUGCAACACCCUUGUUUCAACGCAAGCCGAAGCUGAGACGCAACGAUUCUACCUGCGCAAGCUAGAGGGUGCUGAAAUUUUGCUUACCUACGAGACCAACUUCUUCCGGCAGGAGCUUCAUAAAUGGUACCCAGUUGCGCCGGUGGCACCACCUAUUCUCGAGGUAUCCUUGAGCACUCGAAAGCCGCGGCCAACGAAGCUGCAGAAAAUGCUGGUUGAAUACGGGGUCGACAAUCCGGACGAUCUGCCUGAGCAUGCUAAAGGCAAGGCCAACAGCUUGCGACGGAAGGCCGCAAAUGCCGAGGCGGCGGCGGCGGCCGCGCAAUCGGGACAUGGCUCUGUUCAGCCUUCAACGUCGAGCGGCGGAGUUGGCCAUUAUGCGCAGGAUGGACAUAGCGGCUCAGACAGGCGCGAUCACUCGGACUCGGACGGCCAUGAUGACUCCAUGGCUGACCAGCGCCAAGACCAGUCCAUGUCGGAGGGAUACGAUAGACUGGCAGGCGAUGGCGAUUCCCGACCUCUUCAUGAAUCCAUCGAGGACAUUGAUAUUCAUACCGAGGAGGGCAAAGCCAAGGCGCUCGAAAUUUUGGGUCGAAGCGAGGACGGUCAAAAACAGGCGGAGAAAAUCUGGGGCGCUGAUGCCUGGACGAAGAGGUCGCUCCGAAAUGUGGACGUGACCACAUCGAAGGAGGCUGACGAUUCCAUGAAGGAGGGCAAGGCGGAAAAGCUGCUCACGAACGAGACUAACGAAAGACGAGGCGAAGAAAAGUCGAAGGAAACCAAGGCUGGAGGGGAUACCAAGAUGACGACGGAGUUUCUGGAGGAUGAGCGCAAUGGGCUGGAUGCCAUGAUAGAUGGGGAGUAG